AUGUUUUCUGCGUUCAGAACUAGUCACUCAACUGAGGUGACUUCCCUUAUCAAGAAGCACGGUGUCACCGAUGCCUUGUUUAUCAUGAAUCUCGGAUACUUCACUAACAUCCAUCUGACAGAGGUUGGUGGCCAAGGCUUCGCCGCUUUGAGUCCUGGUGUUCGUAAUGUCGACUCUGGCUUGAAAGAUCCCAUCGGCCUCACGUCAUCUGGGUAUCGUAUUUUGGCCUUCUGGUCUAACCAUCUCGGAACUGCAAAGGUUCUGAUUUUAGCAGAGUAUGCGUAUACCAUUCAUGAUGCUCGAGGGGGCAAGGGACCGUACUCCAAGCACGACCUGGAGUUCAUUCGCUGGACUGUUGGUGCUAUGAAGCAUGAGAUCGCUACUACAGACAAGCUGUUGGAUGAGGGUUGCACAGAUCACGGAGAUAUUCUCGAUUUGGAGUAUGAGAUGCGUACUGAGGCAGGUAUGAAAUGCCUCUUGACCGGAAGUGUGAAGCCUAAGCGAGAGUACACAUCCGCUGAAGAAAACAUGACAACCUCUGCGAAUGAGCAUGGUUCCCUGGCUAUCGCUGAUCAGGACAUAGAUAAGAUCACGGACCCAAAGCAGAGCAGCACCCUGGCUGGGGUGGAAAUGGCUAUUUCUCGCAUCGAGGAAUAUGGGGAAAGACUAGAAGCUGAGAAACUCGCGUUGACAAUGACAUCAAGAUACUGUGUCAGAAGUGGGAGUUCGCUGAAUAGAGGCUCAAUACAUUGA